CCACACGAAAACAUGGCGAAAGCCUGGAAGACAGACAGCUGUAAAAGGCUAAGUUGUGUUUUAUUUACUAUAAUUUUGAUGUUUGUGAGUGUAUCGAGUGCCAUACCUAAUAACAGUCCGAUAAAGGAAAUUAAACAUACCUACAAAUACAUCAACCAUGAUGAAUUAUUGCUUUCAUUGGGAAAACAAGUCGAACAGUAUUCACACAUAGCUCGCCUUCAUUAUAUAGGUAAAAGCGUAGUUAAUCGAGAUAUAGUAGCAUUACAGAUAACAAAAAACGUUAAAAACAGCGAUAAUGGUGCGGAACCGGGCAAACCCAUGUUCAAAUAUGUCGGGAAUAUGCAUGGAAAUGAAGUUAUUGGUAGACAGAUACUUAUAAAUCUAAUUGAGCAUCUUUUGGGAAAUUACGGAAAAGAUGAACGAGUAACAAAGUUGAUCAACGAAACAAAUAUUUACAUUAUGCCAACGAUGAACCCCGAUGGUUUCCACGAAGCCAGGGAAGGACUGUGUACGGGGACCCUAGGAAGAGAAAAUAAUAACAGGGUUGAUCUCAAUCGAGACUUUCCAGACCAAUUUCCGAUCACCAAGCUAAAGACGCAUCCGGAACAAAACGAAACGAGAGCAUUGAUGAAUUGGAUUAAUGCUAAUAAAUUUGUUUUGUCUGCGAACCUGCAUGGAGGGAGCGUCGUUGCUAGCUACCCAUACGACGAUUCAGCUGUCCACAAAGCAAGUGGACAUUACAGUGCUUCACCUGACGAUGAAGUAUUUAAACAGCUGGCAAAAACCUAUGCUAAGAAUCAUGGAACAAUGCACGAAGGAAGUGUAUGCAAUGGUGAUCAUUUUGUGGAUGGUAUUACAAAUGGUGCCUAUUGGUAUGAUGUCCCAGGUGGGAUGCAGGAUUAUAACUACCUUUACAGUAAUUGUUUUGAAAUUACCAUUGAACUGUCUUGCUGUAAAUACCCAUAUGAAAAAGAAUUGGAAAAGGAAUGGACCAACAAUAAAGAAUCUCUCAUGGCUUACAUGGAGGAGGUACACAAGGGAGUUAAGGGAUUCGUUAGGGACUCCGAGACUAACACAGGUAUUCCAAAUGCUGUGAUAAUGGUGGCUAGAAUAGAUCACAACGUCACCACAGCUGGCUAUGGAGACUACUGGCGCCUACUGGUCCCCGGCACCUACACUUUAUCAGCAGUGGCUGAAGGGUACGAGGCAUCAUCAAUGUCUGUAGUGGUUAUAGAUGGAGCAGCCACACCUGUCAACUUUAAACUGAACAAGCGGAGUGUUGCAGGAUCUUUACGUUCCAUUGAGACACUGAGUGCAUCACCAUCUCAAUCUCCGAAGUCCGCCCCUUUGACCUCGACUAAAGUACCGACCCCAAAACCAACAUCCCCUGAACCUGAGGCAGAUACCAUAGACAUAUUGGUAAAUCACAUCAACAAAAUUCGUGAUGCCUCGCAUCGGGAGAAACUCAGGUUCAUAGAGCCAGCAGAAUUCAAGCAUCACGACUACACUGAUCUGCAGGCCUUCCUGGAGGACUUGAAUCGUCAGUACCCUCACAUCACACGUCUAUACAGUAUAGGCCUGUCUGUUGAAGGAAGACAACUCUGGACCAUGGAGAUCUCUGACAAUCCAGGGAUACACGAGCCAGGUGAGCCAGAGUUUAAGUACAUCGGAAACAUGCAUGGUAACGAGGUCGUAGGUCGUGAGUUGCUGCUGUCCCUGAUACAGCUGCUGUGUGAAAAUUACAAUCACAAUCACUUCAUCUCUCUCCUUGUGAACUUCACACGAAUACACAUCAUGCCUUCCAUGAACCCAGAUGGAUACGAGAUCUCGACAGAAGGAGAUCGUGUUGGGACGCGAGGACGUGAAAACCACAACAACAUCGACCUCAACAGGAACUUCCCUGACAGAUUUGAUAUCAUCAACUCAAUCAAUCGGCAUCAGCAAGUGGAGACUACUGCUGUGAUGGAAUGGGUUCAGAAACACCCUUUUGUCCUGUCAGCAAAUCUCCACGGUGGCACCCUAGUGGCCAACUACCCCUACGAUGACAAUGCUGCCGGUAUUGCCACCUACACCAAAUGUCCUGAUGAUAGCAUCUUUAAACAAGUGUCGGAAGCCUACUCCUUGGCUCAUUCGACGAUGCACAAUGGUCACCCGUGUACAAGCCUGAGUGACGAGUACUUUACGGAUGGGAUUACGAACGGAGCUGCCUGGUAUAGCGUAGCAGGAGGGAUGCAGGACUGGAACUAUGCGUUCACUAACUGUUUGGAGAUUACACUUGAGCUUGGCUGUAUCAAGUAUCCUAUGGCCGUCAACCUGCCCCAGUACUGGGAUGCCAACAAAUACGCUCUACUUGUCUUCAUGGGACAGGUACACAAGGGAGUACGAGGAUUUGUGAAGGACAAAGAGACCGGCCUUGGUCUAGCUGAUGCCGAAAUCAUAGUCACGGGGAUCAACCACACCAUCACCACGGCAACAGAGGGAGACUACUGGAGACUGUUGUCACCUGGGGAUUAUGUAAUAACAGCCAGACACCACAUGUAUGCUAACCAAUCGGUACAAGUACAUGUGACCUUUGAUGCGGCUGUAGAGGUCAACUUCACACUGAGUAAGAGCCCACUUGAGAACUUUUCACUGAACAAAGAUUACGGCAUCCAGGAAAAUAUGGCUACCGAAUACCGCACAUUAUCUCAGAUGUCAGCAGAACUGGCGAGCCUUGCUCAGAAUUACUCGAAGGUCAUGCAAGUGGAAACCCUUGUUACUUUGGUCAGUGGAAAAUCUGUGCCCAUGGUUCAUUUGUCAUCAGUUUUGGACGUCCAUGAAAACAAAAAGCCACACGUGCUCCUGAUCGGUGGUCUCCAUGGCAAUGAACCUGUGGGUGCAGAAAUACUGAUGAGAUUUAUCCGCCAUCUUCUACGCGGUUUCGAUAAGAAGGAUGAUCAUGUGAUGGAGAUUUUCAAUGAUUUUCAUCUACAUCUAAUCCCGUAUCUGAACGUCGAAGGUUUUGAUGCCAAACAAGCGACUGACUGUACUUCUGAUAUGAGUAUGCAGAUGUCGACCAAUCAGCUGUCACUUGAUAGCCCCACGAUGAAAGCACUUCGGCAGCAGAUGAACAUCCAUAAGUUCAGCCUCACUCUCAGUCUGGACAGUGGUGGCCUCUUUCUGGUAAUACCUUGGGAGAGGAAGAGAGAUCGGAUGUCAGCAACUGAUGAUGAGGCUAUUUUUAUGUCGCUGGCCCACGCCUUCGCCGACGGCUUCCCCUCUAUCUAUUCACCUGACAGCUGUCAAUCAUCCGUGUCCCACGGAAUAUUCCACGGUGGUGAUCUCAUCAGGAACAUGUCUGGUAUACUAGACAGAGCCUAUGAAGAUUACCACAAUUUUAUGAUCUCUGCCCACGUCAGCUGCUGCCGGUAUCCUGCAGCAAAGGACCUGCCAAACAUCUGGAUGCACUCCCUAACACCCCUCCUCAAUGUCGUUAAGAAGAGCAAGCAAGCUGUGCAUGGAGACGUUUUGAACAACGAUGGCCAGCCUAUAAAAAAUGCAACACUAAAGGUGGAUCACCACUCCAUGGUCAUUCCUACCUCCGACAAAGGAGAGUUCUACAUUAUCCUCAGUGCAGGAUCUCACACCCUUGAGAUAUCUGCUGAAGGUUAUGAGUCACAGACCCAGCAGGCCCUGAUUGAGGAGGGCAAGUCUUUCAGUGUCAAAGUAUCCCUCAAUAAGGAGCUGGAUAAGAUGGACUUCCACAGUCCUGGUACAGUGGGGCCUUUCCUCACCGAUGUGGCCUCAAAGUGUCCCGACAUCACAAAUCUGCACAGCAUUGGUAAAUCCCCAAAGAGCCACGACCUAUGGAUGCUGGACAUCGGAUCUAAGAAACCAAGCGACCCUUCGUUGACCCACGUCCUGUUUGUGGGUGGUAUCCAUGGUAAUGAGGUAGUACCUACAGAACUGCUAUUACAACUGGCCUACGACCUCUGUGAGAACUACAAGAAAGAUUUCUUAAUCACCAAGACAUUGAAUAGUUCUGUAAUACAUAUUGUACCAAGCCUGAACCCUGACGGCGCCACCAUCGCCGUGGCAGGAGAUUGUAAUGGAAAAUCAGGAAGCAAGAACUCCAACGAUGUGGACCUUGAUAUGAAUUUUGACAGUAAGUAUGUCAACAGGAGUGGGGCCCAAGAGGAGGAGACAAGGGAUCUGUCUGAGUGGAUGAAAGAAUCGCCUCCCACUGUCACUGUCAUUCUCAGUGGGAGUCUGCUGGGGGUUACGCUCCCAUACCGUUCAAACAACCCCAAUGCCACCCUGACGGCUACAGAGAAGGUGAUACUGGACCACUUAGGAAAGACUUAUACCAACAGUCAUCCUUUGAUGAAGGCCGGCAAGACGUCCUGUAAUAAUUCUGAUGUUCAGUUAACCAACAGUGUAGUGGCCGCGUCCAAAGUCCAUCCACACGAUGGCAGUCUGUUGGACUUUUCGUACAACUCAAUUGGAUCUACAGCGAUAGAGGUGUACACAUCAUGCUGUGCCUACCCUGACGGACAUAAACUUCUGGCAGCAUGGCAUGAACACCGGACGCCACUCCUUGACAUCAUUAAGGAGGCUACUCGAGGUGUGAAGGGAUAUAUCUAUGAAGGAAAACAGGACAAUCCUAUGGUCAAUGCCACGGUCACUAUAAAGGGUUCUCGUCAUCAAUAUCCAGUUGAUCCAAUUGGUUACUACAACCUUUAUCUGGCCCCUGGUCACUACACAUUGGUGGUCAAAUGUGAAGGACAUGAGACUCUGGAAAAGAAUGUGAUUAUUGCUGAUGGUGAACCAAAAGUGCUUCAUCUGAAUGUUGUCAUGGAAACCAAGAAGUCUGAAUUAAUUAUUUCUACCUUUGCCAUAGUUGCAAUCCUUGGAAGUAUUACUCUUGCUAUAGUCCUCUUGAUGACUGUUCUGGUCUGUGUGCGCUCUAGGAGGGGGCCUGGUAAGGGGGGAUUUCAUCGCCUUAGUCUCAAUGACGACGACGACGAGGGGGAAAUCUACGACAUGGGAUCAAAGUCAAGUUUGUUAACCACUCGUGAAUACCACGAUGACAGCUCUGACGAUGAUGAACACAAUAUGUAUGAUAAACGGUUAAUACGUCGUUAAUAUUGGUCAGGGUAAUGUCUUCAGUUAUGAAGAUAAAAAUAUUAUCAAGAUAUAUAUAAUCUUGCCAAGAAAAAAAUAUGUAUUUACAAACACAAGAGCAAGAAACAAUGAACAAAUCAUUGUUUUAUUGUUUGUGAAUAAUGUUUUUCUAGAAGUAGUUCUCACAUUCCGUUCCAACACACCACCUGUUAACCCUUUCACCCCUAUGUAACUUUAGUAGACUACCAUGCAUUGAUAUGGAUGAGUCCAUUAUGGUCGACAGUGGUGAAAGGGUUAAAAUGUAUAUUUUGAGAUUACUGGUCCAGAUUAUGGUCUUUCAGUUACUUAAAAGCAUAAUGAUUAAUGAGAACUUUGGCGUGAGAAUUUCGCCAAAUUAUGUUUUGCUUUAUAAGUACAUGUUGAUGCCUUUUUUGUGUUAUUUACAAAAGAUAAAAAGGACUAGCCUCCAUAUAGGGUGACGGUGAAGAUAUGUAUUAAUCUUCUUUUUGUAAUAGCUUUAGAACUUUAGGAAAGAAACAUUACACUUAAGUCUAGGUAUGAUCCUGGAGUGUUUAUUAUGCAUUAAGUCCCAAGAAAUAUUCAGAAGUGUGAAAAAGCUGUUUACCAAACCAGUGACAUUACUAUAGAAAGAUGGGAGGAUUGUUUUAUUCACAUUGAAAAUGGAAUUUGUUAUUAGUUAUGAAAAAAAAUAAUAGUAUUAAUGUUUAAUUGCUUUAAAUAUUUUCACUGAUUUUAAUUGAAUAGAAUGUAAUUAAUGAUUGGAACUUUAGGAAAACUUACCAUUUUCAAUCAUAUUUCAUAGAAAAAAAUCUGUAUGUAAGAUUUUCAAAGUGUAAUUUGUGUGUUUAGCAUGUUUUGGAUGAACUAAUUGUAUUAGUAUAUUGUCACUAUCAGAACUUGAAGUACAGCAUGAACAUAAUAUUCUAUCGAAAAAUUACAUUUUCUUUUUCUAGAUACAUAGUUCAUAUAAAUUUUGUUCAUCCAGACACUCUCAGUUAUACAUGCAACAACUUUUUGAAAUCUGGAGUUUUAUAAAGUGUGAAUUUUUACUACAAUGCCAAGAAAAUGCUAAUGAUAUGACAGAAUUAUCCAGAUAUUAGUAUCUGAAUCCUAUCUUAUGGGACCAUUGACAUGCUUGACUUAUAAGGGCUUAUUAUUACUGAUGUGCAUAGAAAUGAUUUAAAGUCAAUUGAAAUAAUGAUCAUCAAAAGUAUGCAGAUAUUUUCGGAAACUACCUAGUAGUCAAACUUAUUGUCUUUUUUUCGAUUUGCUUCUUAAAAUGUACCUUCUUGAAAUAUAUCUGUGAGAGUGAAAAUAUAUUGAGCUACUGAUGGGAUAGUACCAAAUCUCAUUUGAUGAAAUUGUAUCAAAAGUCCGUCCUUUAGAUGAGUUAUUUUCAAGACUUCGUAAAUUUUAGUAAUCGGGUACAUGUGCAAAAAUGUGAACAAAUUUUACUCAGAUUUAAUAGUGAUACAAUGUACUACUCCUGAUAGAAUUUAAAAUAAUUUUAUUUUUCUAUAGUCGACUAGAUGUUUGUGGAGAGAGCGUCACUGGUUUGGUAAAUACAAGGAUGUACUAGUAUCUGUGAAGGUAUAUGUACACUAAGGGCGGCGUACCACUUGUGUUAACUAUUGCAGGGGUCAAACCUUUCAGUGAUGGCGCAUGUCACUGACACAUGGACUUUUAAGGAGGAAGGUCACCUAACUUGUACAUCAAAUAGUGUUUAUCACUGUCGCAGUGUUUCAUAUUUAAGGUCAAGGACACAGCAGAUAAGGAAGAUCAAGGUCGUUUUAGGGAUACAUACAAAUAUUCCAGAAAAUAGAUCAAUCCUGAAAAAGGAUAGUUCAGGAAUAUUUAGGGCACAUACCAGUGUCUAAAACUCUGGAUAUGUAACUGAUGUAUGAGAAAGUUCUAAUAAACAGAUCCAUAGUACACAAUUCAUUCAGCAUAGGUUCAUAUCAGGGACCAAAGUAAAAUUACUCAGGACUAAUUACAAAAACCUGAAAGCUACUUAAAUAAGCAUACAUCACAGUACUUGAAACAUACAUGGUCAUAUCAAUAAUACGGGUGACCGCUUUAUGUUCACUUCACCUUCAUUUCUUGCUUAUUUUGACCUUUGGCCCCAGAUCACUGUAUCCCUUGACCUAUAACCUUUGAUUAUAUCAAAAUUUUUAUCAUGACACAAUUGUAGAAUUCUUAUCACACAAUUUCAGAUAUGUCUGCUGGCUUUGUCUCCUUGACCUUGAUUCCUUACUACUUCACCUUUAACCCCUAAUAAAUUUGAAUUGACCUUUGACCCCUGCAGUGAUUGGAUGACACAAUGUGGUACAAGGUAGUACACCAGAACACUUACCACAGUCUGUGAUACUCAUUGCUACAUUAAUCUCAUUCCACUAGGUACAUGGGAUCACAUGUAUAUGAUACAAAAAUUGUACAGUUAAAACACUAUAUUUUUCCCAAUGGAGAAUUUUUUGUUUGUACAUAAAAUGGAAUGAAUGAUAACAAUACCUAAUUGUAUGUGAUUGAUACAUAUUACAUUAUAUUAAUAUGGAUAUCUAACAGCUGUUUUUGAGAAUUUUUCAGAAAGCUUUGUGUUCAGGUUUCCCCUCUGGAUCCAUGUUUAAAAUUUUCUUCAUUAGCUUUAUGACAACUUAAUGUGAAAUGUUCAUCUAGUAUAUUUUAAGGAAUAUUUUAUUUCAAUUUGAAUGUUCAAAAACAAAUAGCACCAAAAUAGAUUUUUUUGCAUAAUUUUCAAAAAAAAAUAUUUUGAAAUUUUAUGUUUAUAAGUCGUUGCUCUAGCCAGGCUUUAGACGAAAUAUCAGUAGUCAAAAUUAUCUUUGUUCAGUUAAUGAUUUACUGUGAUUGUGUGUUCAAAUUACACAAACCUGUAGUGAUAUGUAGGAAGUACAUGUUUCUGCACCCCUAAUAGAUUGUAAAAAGUUCAUGUUUGAUUCCAGUUAUUCAAAGCUAUGAUUCAAAGGCCAAAAAACAAAUUGUUUCAGAAUUACAUAAAUAGAAAAGUAUUUUCAUAGUCAAUUUGUGCUGCACUGAUUACGUCAUGAGUAGACACAGGAUGUAAUUCUCUCUGGUAAAAGUGAAUUCAAGAUCCCUAUAUAUAAAACUAUUUGCUGCACCUAUAAAGUCCACAUCCAUGUCUUCAAUAAUUGUUCUAUCAGUAAAUUCAAUGACAGAGGUACAACUAUACCAUGAUAUGUUUUUAGGAUGGAUAGACUGGUUAUACACAAUGUAUUUGUUUAGACCUUAGUUUACCAAUUAUCACACAGAUUUAUGGGAACUUUUGAAAUACCUACAUUAAAAUUCAUACUUUGUAAACUCAAAAAUAAUUAUAUGAGCAGGACUUAAGUUAAUUUACCAAAUAAAGAAUUAAAGCAUAAAAGGCAUUAGUGUAGUGACAAAGUACUCCUAUGGUAUAAUCAGUUGUUUAUAGUCUUAUGGUAAAAGGAGAUUUUUCUGCCACAAAUUUGGAAAAAAAAAAGAAAAAAAUGAAAACUUGUUACAGAAAUAAAUGUUCAUAGAUUUAGACUAAAAGGACAACAUUAUGAAAAUGAACAUUAUAUAUAAAAAAUACAAAGCUUUGAGCAGCCAAGUAAAUCACUUCUGACUGAUAGAGCUGGCUUACUGUAACAAUAUUCAAUCUAUUUAUAUCUAUGUACUAGUAUUGGUAUACAUCCUACCUCUGAGACCAGAAUAGUUCUGUACUAAAAUGUGAAUUACCUUUGCAAUCUUUUGAUAAGAAAAGACUACUGCUGACAUAAAGUUACUUACACUAAGAAUUACACAGUUAACCUGGGACUUACAAACUUAGCAUACAUAUUGCUGGUCAGUUGAUGUUACUUAAGUGUAUGUUCUAGCUAUGAUUUACUGUUACUUAAGUGUAUGUACUAGCUAUGAUUUACUGUUACUUAAGUGUAUGUACUAGCUAUGAUUUACUGAGAUUUUGUGCAUGUUUCUAUAAUUCUCCAGUUUCAUUAAAAAAUCUAAGUCUUCCCAUUGUUUUCAGUAGUGGUUCAAUUCUCAGAAAUUUUGAUUUAAAACAAAAUUCAUUUCAAGAAAAAAACUCUUUUGUGUUAUUUUGCCAGUUCAGUUUAUGUAGAAUUGUCGUGCCUCGGCCUGCUGAAGGUUUGGCUUACACAGGUAGCCAAGACUAAAAGUGUAUGUAUGUUGACCAACUUACAUAAUGCACAUUCAGGUGAUUAGCUUUAUUAAAUAGUUGUCAAUUACUUUGCCUACUUCAUGUAAUAUAUAGGGAAUGUGAACCUUAACAACUAUUUUGUGUUUGUUAAUGUGAAAAUGACAUAAUUGUGCUGACAGGAUUGAACUUUCUUGUCUUUUAACGUAAACACCAAAGUGAGUUACAGAUGUUUGGAUAAUUUUUUGCUUUUGUGUUAAUCAUCAGUAUUCAUACCAAGAUACAGCCAAUCCAAAUAUAACCAAAAAUAAAUAAACGUUAUUUCUGAGUCUUGGUUACCACAAUGUUUAUCAUCUGAAAUUUGUUACAUUUUCUUUGGAAGGAGAAAAAGCUGAAAGCAGAUUGUACUUAAACUAAUGAUGGCCUAGAUUUUAACUCACCUGAUCAUUACAACAUAAAUUAUACAAAUUUUUUAAAAUUUGAUGGAUGACUCUUGUUCAGUCUGAAACCUCUAAUUGGUCUUAUUGCUGAAAGUGAAAAGACUAUGUUGCUGUAGAUUGCUAUACAGGCUUACUGUACUUUAAGAGAGGAAAUUACUAAGACUUAAUAUAAAAUCCAGUCUAGACAGGGAUCCAGAUAAGACAGUUAAUGCCAGUUUAGACAGGUGAUACUGUACUUUGAAGUAUGUCAACUUUAAGGGUUUUGUAUAGCAUGAAAUUGUUAGACAUAAAUAUAUUUACAUUCACAAAAGAUACAGUGAUAAAGUUAACAUAUCGCCCGACAGAGUGAAUGAAACAAUACAGAAGAAAAUACAAACAAAGAAUGCUUCAUGUUAUCCAGGUACCUUUAUAUGAAGGUUUCACUUAUGACAGUUAUUUUGUUUGUGAUGUAAAUAAAACAUUAUAGAGAUUGGACUAUUUUUUAGAAUGAUACAAUACAACAUGUUUCGAAUUACCAAGAAUUUACAACGAAUUUUUUUUCUUAAUUAAUAGAAAAUGACAUUCACAUUGUUUUCAAUAACAGUUCUUAAAUAUGAAAUUGAUGAAAUUUUGAAACUAAACUUCCUUUUUCCUAAUCUUUGAAUGUUGUUGCAUCUUUGAAACUUUUCAAAGGAUUAUUUUAAACAUCAAGAAAGGCAUAUUUUUGAAAUAGGAAUAUACAAUGUUCUGAUUUAAACUUAUUUAGUCCAGAAAAAUAUUUUUAUACAGAAUUGUUUGUUUUUGUUUCUAUAAAUUAUUAUAUUUCAGAUACAUAGUAUUUAUGUCUUGCAUUGGGAAAUAUGCACAGUGUAUGUAUGUACUUAACACUUCGAACUCAAAACAGUUGUUUACUAUUGUCUAUAUACAGGGUAAAUGAUAAUUGUUCAUGAUAUCUAUCCUUUUGAGAUAAUUUCCACGGUGCACCAGGUAGUUUAUAUUUUUAAAUAAACAUGAGAACAGAGAUAUAACAAAAUCAGAUACCAUGGAAAACUAAACAAAGAUAGAAAUGUCCAAACAAGUGAUUUUACACUGCAAAACUUUCAGUAAUAACAGGAUAUUUAUACACCCUCCGAUAUAAAGAACCUCGACUGUAGAGAAAAGGAACUUUAUCCUACUAAAUAUUGUAUUAAGUCAACAUUCAGUCUUAUCAGAAGAUUACUUUGUGACCUGCCAAUGUCUAGUGAGGUCAGCGACCGGUCAAUUUAAGGUUAUCUUACUCUUACCUUGGUCAAAAACAUUCUGUAAUAAACAGAUCAGUUGACCUUACCUGUUGUUAGAAGAUUUGUUAGUAUAUCAUUUGUUAUAAAAUAUAGCCUGUUUACCGUCAGAGAAAUAUUUCAUGGUAAUUAAAAGACUUAUAUCAAACCAUCAAGAUUACCUGUUAUUUACAGUAUUUACUCAAUGUAAUCAUUCAUCCAAAAUUGUACUUAAAGUAUUAACGAUGCUGAAGUUGUCAAGCUUUCUAGAAUCUGAUAUUUGUUGUCAAGACAAAAUUGUUGAUAAUUUAAAUACUUAAGGUAAUCUAGUCAUUGUGUGUUGGAAGGUCUUAUUCUCGUACAACCAAAACAAGUAACCAAAACAAGUCGUUUCAGGUGUAAGAUAUUCAAUCCAAGAAACAUAAUGUAUUCUAUGUAUAUGUUUAUGUUCCUAUGCUGAAGGAUUUUUUUCAUCUGUAAAUAUAGUUUCUAAU